AUGGUGAGUAGAAACCUGCCUGUCGAUGGUGCGGUCGUGGGCGCAGGGCCUUCGGCCUUUUAUUGUGCACACAGAGUUCUCUCAAGACUCCCCUAUUCCCAAGUGCAUUUGUAUGACAGGCUAUGGGCACCCCAUGGACUGGUUCGAUAUGGUGUGGCACCCGAUCAUCCAGAAGUGAAGAAUUGCACGCAUAAAUUUGAUGAGACAGCUCUAGACCCUCGAUUCAAGUUCUUUGGGAAUGUUUCUUUGUCUGCACCCCUACCUAUGAAGCAAAACGUCUCGCUUCCUCUGUCGUCUCUUUUUCCUUACUACACCCACAUACUUCUCUCACAUGGUGCAUCUCGGCCACUUCCAUUAGAGAACAUGGAUCCCUCUCAUACCAUCACCGCGCUACGUUUCGUCCACUGGUAUACCGGACAUCCUAGCACAUAUCAUCUCCCUUCACCUCCACUGUCAAAGGUGAAGCAUAUUACUCUUGUCGGCCAUGGAAACGUAUCACUGGACAUCGCUCGCCUUUUACUCACUGACUCGUCGCUGCUGUCCUCACUUGACAUUUCGGCGCAUGUCCUUGAAGAGUUGCACAAAUCGACCGUUGAACAUGUCAACAUCGUGUCUAGGCGCGGCCCCGCUCAGGUGGCCUUCACCGCAAAAGAAUUGCGUGAGCUUCUCAAUUUGCCGAACGCUUCCAUGGUACCCAUUAUUCCCGAGAUGUUCUCCCCCCUUACACUUGUACCUGCAUCGUCUUCUGCCGUGGAAAUAACAAAUAACGGCCCCAAAUCCGCCACAUCAAUCAUCCCUGGGUUGACGAGACAACAGACACGGAUUUUAGACCUUCUCAAGAAGGGGUCCAAAAUGGCGUUUGGAUCUACGCGAAAAACUUUCUCCUUCCAGUUUUUCCGCACACCACAUUCGUCAUCCUCUUCCUCGGGGACAAUAACCUACGAUCUGAAUAUGCUGAACCCGGACGGAAAAGCGAGAUGGACUGGUGACAGGGAGACACAGAACACGGAUCUCGUCGUUCCCAGUCUAGGCUACCGCUCGGAUCCUCUGGUUCCAUCCCCAACUCCAAUAAUACCAACACCAAAUGGUGCAGAAACGGGGGUUGUUGAUGGAUGGUAUGAUUCCACGCUGGGGAGGGUACGAAACGUCUCUGGACGCGUGCAUGCCUUCGUUCCGUCGUCUUCGCCAGACCAGAGCCAUCGGCUCUGUCGCAUAAAGAACGUCUAUGCGUCCGGGUGGGCAGCAAAUGGCGCAAAGGGGGUGCUUGCUAGUACCAUGUAUGAUGCGUAUGCCGUUUCAGACCUUCUAGUGAGCGAUCAUCUGUCCCAACAGAACGAACUAGCAUCCGAAGAGUCCAUCGCUCCCAGCAUCAAUCUCUUGGAGGGUGAUCAGGAUCUGGGGACGAAUCUGGCAACUGGUUUACCUGCAUUCUUGAAUGAGGCUUCGAAAGGAGCCGGGAAGAGGGUCGUUAGCUACCCAGAAUGGAAAAUGAUCGACGAAGAGGAGCGGCGGAGGGGACAACAGAUGGGGAAGGAGAAGGAGCGGAUGUCUUGGGAAGAAGUGAACAUUUUCCUAUCAUAAAAAGCAAGAAUCGGGUGGCUUUCUCGCUUAUAUUUCGCCAUCCUAGUCCAGUGAUGGGAAGUCGCGUUGGCAGCUAUGCCGCAUCCCCAUUUUGACGUUAAGGCCGAGGAAAUUGUUGCACUCCAGACGCAAGGGGGGUUCUUGGGCGUCCAUCCAUCAUCAAUCCCUUGGUCGCAGUCGUCAUCCCACCCAGCUCAGCUCACCCGCAAGGAAAAAAAACCAUUGUUUUAUUAAAAACACUAAAUUACAAUUUUGUUUCUCUCUUCC